UAGCGGCGCCUGGGACCUACCACAACCCGGGACGCGACGCGGACGGCGGCGGUUAGUUUGUUUAUUUACCGUGAGCGAGUUCACGUUCGAGUUGAAAUUGCGGAAGGAUCGGCCAGUUCCCUGGCUACCAUUCUCUAGCGACUGCACUUGUUCGUGACGAGUGCCGCCCGACUUGCGCGUUGGUUGGGAGGCAGGGGAGUUAUUGUGGCCUACGGGGCCCACGUGGGGACUGCGUCUCGGUUUUAAGGUUAGAGUACAGUACACUUUUUCGCGACAACCCAAAGCCGGUGUCUCAUUGUCCUGCAAGAGGAUCAAAGUGGCGUCGCCCUCUACUGCGUGGAGUAGUCCCAGACGCCAAGCGCUGUGACUCUCAUUGUCAUGGCUGCAGAAAAGGAACUGUCGCAGAGCACGCUGCUGACCCUGCCCGACGUGCCGCUCCUGCGCGUGCUGUCGCACCUGAAGGAGGCCGAGCACCUGGUCGCCGCCGGCCGGGCGAGCCCCCGGCUGGGCGAGCUGACCCGGGCGAACGCGUCGGUGUGGCGCGGCAAGGACGUCGAGUUCCACGACAAGGACGUCAUGGGGCUGCUGCGGGUCGUCCCGCCCCUGGACACGUUGAAGACCACCUGGACCGUCGACCCCGGAGCUUCGAAGAAAAAGUGGUCUCUCCGACUGCCGACCAGGAGCGUCCACGGCGUGCCCGAGUACCCUCGCUACAAAGGGAUAGUGUCUGUCGGGGGGAGCUGCGCCAGCGAGUUGUCGGUGUGGUCGUCGGCGCGGACCAAGGCGUGCCUCGCCAGCCUCAUCUGGGAGCUGGCGCCGAGGCUCAGGCACCUGGAGGUCUCGCAGCUGGGGCUGGGCCUGUUCCUCCACUACCUCAGGGACGCCCGUCACCUCGAGUCCCUGCGCGUCUCGGGCGGCGACACGCACAAGCAGGGCAGCCCCUGCACCUGCAACGCCGAGCCCUGGCCGCAGCAGGAGGUGGCUGCGGUCGCCGGGCUGCUGCCCAGGCUGCGCGCGGUAAGUGUCAGCGGCGUGCACUCCGAGAGGGACGUCGAGGUCCUCCGCUUGCUGCUGCUGGCUCACCGUGACCUUGAACGGCUGAGCGUGCUGGCCUCCAGGGCCCAGAGCUUGGUCGUGGCGGUGGUCGCGGCACUGCGGCGGAUGCACGGGCUGGAGGACGUCAGGAUCGACCUUCGUUCGAAAGCAUCUCUAAACUGCCCCGUUUACUGGAGCCUCAUGGUGAAUGACCUGGCGGUGGCGCUUGCACGCCAACCCAGACUGCGCUCGCUGGUCCUGCUGGCCGACCCAAGGAAGCUGUCGCUCGAGGUGUUCCGCGAAGCCCACCCUGCUGCCCUCGAGCUGCUCGUAGUUGCGGGCGACGCGGUGUUUUGCGCCUGCUGUACGUAUGUACUUGAGCGAGAAGAGCCUCCAGAUUUGACGGAGCUGGUCUCCGUGCUUCAGGAUCUAGUACGCCAAGCCACCUCGCCACUCCAUGUAGUGUAUGGAGAAAUGCAAUUCUACUGCUGGGAAUGCAGCCAAUAUUUUGUCGAAAAUGUCCGUUGGCGCAUGUUCGCCAGGCACUCCGAAGCCGAGACAGACUGUCAGCUGUGCGGAGAGGCUGCGGCAGUAGCAAAAGCUGCUGUUGAUGACCACAAAAACGGUAUAAAAUGGUCCCACCGUUUCCGGACAAUCCAAGUUGUCUAGUACAAUUAUUGCAGAACAGGCCAGAUGCGCAUGUUAUAUCUUUUACUCACUAUCCCAAAGAAUGAAAGACAAUAAAUGCGAUUUUCUUAUU